UCAACUAUACUACCCAUAAUAUCAUCCUAUAUAUAGAGCAUUGUGAAAACACUCUUCAUUUUUUGGUACAAGCCAUUUAAAAGUACAACUAGUUAAAAUAACAAGUUGUUUAAUUUUGAGAGGAUCAUAAAGGCAUGGAAGCCAAUAAGGUGGAGAUCAUAUCGAAAGAAAUGAUCAAACCAUCAUCCCCAACUCCUUCACCUCUUAGAAUUCACAAACUAUCACUUCUUGAUCAAAUCUCACCUCCAGUUUUCAUCCCUCUAAUUUUCUUCUACCAACAUCACAACAAUAUCAAUCGUGCCACAAAGUUAUUAAAACAAUCUCUAGCCGAUGCUUUAACGCGAUUCUACCCAUUGGCUGGAAGGCUCAAUAAUGAUAACAAAUAUUCCAUUGAUUGUAACGAUGCUGGAGCCGAGUUUAUUGAAGCUCAAGUUCAUGGUUAUAACCUCUCACAUAUUAUACAAACUCCAAAGAUGGAGGACUUAAGAGAAUUCCUCCCGCGAGUACUAGGAAAUGACGAUGAUGUCCUUCUAGCAGUCCAAGUUAAUUUAUUUGAUUGUGAUCAAGGGAUUGCAAUAGGGGUGUGCAUGUCACACAAAGUUGGUGAUGGCUCGUCCAUAGUGACAUUCAUCAAUGCAUGGGCAGCCAUUACCCGAGGGGACGUCGAAAUUGUGCAACCUAAUUUUAACCUAGCAAGGACUCUUUUCCCGCCGAUAGACUUGUCUAAUUCGAAUUUCAAACCAUCCAUAGGGAUGAAGAAGGAAAAGCUGAUGACGACGAGGAGAUUUGUUUUCGACAAGGAAAAGCUUGAUGCCCUCAGGAAAUCAGCUUCUUCAAGAUCACAAGUGAAAGAUCCCACUCGUGUGGAAGCUCUCUCAGCCUUUGUAUGGAGGCACUUCAUGAAAAAAGAUUCUAAAAAGAUGUUUGCUGCAGUUCAUGCGGUGAAUAUAAGGUCAAGAAUGAAUCCAACCAUACCGGACAACUCCUUUGGGAACUUAUGGACAGCUGCACUAGCAUUUCCAGAAAUGAUGGCAAGUACUAAUGAUGAUGAUUUGGUGUACCAGUUGAGAAAUGCAAUAAAGAAUAUCAAUAGUGAUUAUAUUAAGAUAUUACAAAAUGGACAAGAUUUUCUGAAACAUAUGGGGAAAUUAGUGGAGAUGUUUUCAAAGGGGGAAGUUGAGUUUUGUAAUUUUACAAGCUGGUGUAGGUUUCCUGUGUAUGAAGUGGAUUUUGGAUGGGGAAAGCCAAUAUGGGUAUGCACUACCACUUUUCCAUAUGAGAAUAUGGUCAUAUUUGUGAGUACAAAAUGUGGAGAAGGAAUAGAAGCAUGGGUUAAUAUGCUCGAGGAUGAUGAUGACCUUAUUUAAUUUGAAGUUUCGAUAUGAUUUAGCCACAACAUUUUUUCUAUUAAUUAAUGUUUUAGAUAUAAACUGUGUGUUAAAGAAUAAGAUGCAAUAAAAGUGUGGAAUAUUAUUGUC